GUUAUUAAUUUAUUAAUGUACUUAAAAACCAGAAUUCAAGGCCAUGGUUUGCCCACAGCCACUUCAAAACCCAAGAAAAUUCUCACUCUCUCUCCUCUCUCGCUCUCUUCUUCUUCCUCCUCCUCCUCCUCCUCCUCCUCCUCUCCAGUUGUUCCAUUCUCUGCAACACUGCUAUUCUCAAACCCAACAGCUAUGGCUUCAAUACCCAAUCCAAACCCAUCACCAGCUUACGUAGAAGCUAUAGAAGAGAUCAUGAAAGCCUACAAAUCACUCCUUCCCAGACCCACAAUCGAAGAGGUCGAAGCCGCCACUUCCCUCCUCAAAACCGUCGAAACCGAACACCAAUCUCGUCUCUCCGAGAUCUCCCUCCACGUGGCCCCGCCGGAGGUCCCGCCGGAGCUCUUCUCGGUGCUCCAACAGGUGAGGAAAACCAUGGCGUUGUUCCAAAGCCACGAGCAGAAGAAAGAGGCGACCCACUUGGUUGAACUGGACGAGAUGUUUCAGACAUUCGAUGAGUUGAUUCAGAGAGCUUCUGAGCUUGUUUUUGGGACUACCCAGAUUGAGAAGAGUGUUGAUUUGGGUGACCCAGUUGGUGAAAUCGGACGAGCAGGUGUGAUUGAGAAAAGGGUUUUUGGAGAAUCGGUGAUUGAUGAGAGUUCUUCGAUUAUGGCGAAGACUGAUGAUGAUUUUAAGUAUUCGGUGCUGAUGAGUUCUUCUUCCACUAAGGCAACUGAUUUCACUUCAGGCAGGGGAGUCAAUGAGAAGUUGAGUCUGAUGCAAGUAGCGGCGUUAAUUGAAAAAUCUGCUAAACGUGGAGCAGUGGUUCUUGAUCUUCAAGGCAAGUUGAUGGAGAAGAUCGAGUGGCUUCCUGUAUCACUCGGGAAGUUAUUGAACGUUCAUGAAAUAAACGUUUCUGAAAACCGAAUCAUGGCUCUUCCAUCCUCCAUUGGCAACCUCACAGCCUUAACAAAGCUCGAUGUUCACUCGAAUCAGUUAAUAAACCUUCCUGAAUCGAUUGGUGAACUAGUGAACCUAACCGACCUUGACCUUCAUGCAAACCUGUUGAAAUCAUUGCCUCCUUCUUUUGGGAACUUGACCAAGCUUGCUAAUCUUGAUUUGAGUUCCAAUCAUUUUACUCAUUUACCUGAUGUGAUUGGGGAGCUAACCUCAUUAAAGAAACUGAAUGCGGAAACAAAUGAUCUUGAAGAUGUUCCUUACACAAUUGGGUCAUGCUUGUCGCUUGUUGAGCUGAUAUUGGAUUUCAAUCAACUAAAAGCUCUACCUGAGGCAAUUGGAAAGCUUGAAUGCUUGGAGGUUCUUACUUUACAUUACAACAGAGUCAAGGGGUUGCCAACAACAAUGGGUAAUCUUUUGAAUUUGAGGGAACUCGAUGUUAGCUUCAAUGAACUCGAGUCCAUACCCGAAAGCCUUUGUUUUGCGGUAAAUCUUGUGAAGUUGAAUGUUGGGAAGAACUUUGCAGACCUGAGAGCCUUGCCAAGAUCGAUUGGAAACCUUGAGAUGCUCGAAGAGUUAGAUAUAAGCGAUGAUCAGAUAAGAGAACUACCUGAUUCUUUUAAGUUCCUGUCAAAAUUAAGAGUUUUUCGCGCUGAUGAGACUCCCUUGGAAGUGCCACCAAGACACGUAACAGCCUUAGGGGCUCAGGCUGUUGUUCAGUACAUGGCUGAUUUUGCGACAAAGAAAGAUGUUAUGUUUCUACAGCUGAAGAAGAAGAAGAAGGGAUUCUGGUCUCGGUUAUGCCCAUUUUUUUGUCAUUGAGGCAAUUAGUGUAUGGGAAUAAUUUCUUUGUUAGCUCAAAUUUUUACAUUGAUUGUUUAUUGUACAGAUCAGUCAGAUUGUAAAUGUUCCAACUCUGGUUGUGUUCGGAUGAAAUGAUAUGCAUACCACCUAUGCAUACCACCGAGUCAUACCAUGUUUGCGUGUAAUAUUUCCUCUUAUUUUGUAACAAAGUCAAUUUUGAUACUUUGAAUGAAGGCUCAUUGUUUUGAAUUUUU